GUGAAAAGGAGCUCAUAAAACGAGGGCCGCUGCUGCCCCCCUGCUGAACAGACCUUAACUGUGAGAGGCUACAUGUACAAUCCAGGCCGGCGAAAUAUCGUCUUGGCUUUUCGCGAAUCGGGGCUGCGGCACAGCUUCGUGACCGCUCAUCUGCUGCGCCCAAGAUACAAAUUGAGGGUGCUGCCCCGUGCACUCGCAUCAGAUAAUCGAGUCGAUUGCCUGUAUCAUGCAAGGGUGCUUAAAAUUCCCUACACCUCACAGCCUCGAAGCGGGUUUUCCGCCGACAUUAGCAGAUGGCAAGGGUCGAGCGACCACCAGGAGACGACAGGCUGCAGGCUGCGGACUGCAGACUGCAGAUGAAGAAUGCGUGCGAACUGCAUCCCCAAAAAGGGGGUUCUGCAGUUCGUUCGCUGCACUGGAUUUGCAUAUAGUCUGCCCAGGUUCGCCGAUGUCGCAAUUCCUUCUGUUCACCCAAUAGUCCGGUGCUCAUCAGUCGUCAAUUCCAUCGAGAGCAGCAACAAUGCCGAGUCCGCGGGCGAAUAUGACGGUCGGCGCCUUACUGGCCCUGGGCGGUGCGGGCGUGGCGUCCAGGAGCUGCGUGUCCCGUUGCUGCUUGGAUUUGAAGAACGCCCCUAGUCUCGAGGGUAAGGUCUACUUUCCCGACUCCGAGGCAUACGAGGCUCGUCUCCAGACGUACUGGUCUGUCUCAGCGGCCCUCGAACCGUGGUGUAUGGUGCAGCCGUCGACGGCCGAAGAAGUCUCGGUAGCGAUCAGGACGAUCGUGGCAGGUGACUGUCCCUUUGGCAUCCGAGGUGGCGGACACGGCGCGCACGCGCUCUCCAAUGGCGUCGAGCACGGCAUCACGAUCGACUUUGGCCAGAUGAACGGCACGACCUGGAAUCCCGAAACCAGACUUGCAUCAGUCCAGCCCGGAAGUCAUUGGCAGACCGUGUACGAUGAGCUUGCACCCUACGGCGUUGCAGUGACGGGCGGCCGAGCGGGCACCGUGGGCACCGGCGGUUUCAUCAGCGGCGGCGGCAAUUCUUUCCACUCGGCGUCGCAUGGCAUGGGUUGCGAUACGGUGGCCAACUUUGAGGUUGUGCUCGCGGACGGCUCCAUUGUCAACGCCAACGCGACCAGCAACCCGGACCUCUGGCAGGCGCUCAAGGGCAGCAGCGGGAACCUGGGGCUCAUCACACGCUUCGAUAUGUACCCGAUCGAGUUCCCGGAUCCUGAGCGGCCGGUGGUCUGGGGCGGCAACCUGUACUACGACCUCAAGUCGGGCCCGGCCCUCGUCGACGCGCUGGUGCAGUUUACCGACAAUGUGCACAAGGACGAGAACAGCUCGUCAAUUGUGUACUGGGCACACCUACCCCAGAUUCUCGGAGGCACCAUCCUCAAUGCUGCUGUGGAGAACACGCUGGGUGAGGUCAAGCCGGCAGCGUUCGAGGUGUAUUACGACGUCGAGGGUCUUCACGACGACACGACCAAGGUCGAUACGCUCUCCGCGGUGACCAAUGCAUUGGGGGCUGGACAGCCGGCAGGGUUCCGAAAUGCCUGGUUCACAGCAUCCUUCAAGAACGACGCACGACCGAUGAACUACGCCGCGGAGAAGUUCCACGAGCUGAAUGCAGCGAUCGAGAAGAUAGCACCGGCGUCGGUAUCGAACUUCAACACGCUGUGCAUGCUGCAGCCGAUCACCAAAUCCAUCGUCGACAAGGGCGUCGCCAAUGGAGGCAACAUUCUGGGUUUGGAGAGCUACGUCGACGAGGGCAAUGGCAUCAUGUUCCUCGUGACGCUGGCGAUCAACGGGGCGGAAGCCGAGGCGCUGGCGUUGCCCCUGGUGGCAGCCUACCUCGAGGACAUUGACGCGUACUCCGAGUCGUUGGGGUUGAAAUGGGACUGGAAGUACCUCAACUAUGCUCACAGCAGCCAGGAAGUCAUCGAGACAUUUGGCAAGGAGGCCGUCGAGAAGCUGCAGCGUGCAUCUGCGAAGUACGAUCCGCAAGGUGUGUUCCAGAAGCUGCGUGUGUCGGGCUUUAAGAUCCCGUCGAAGUAG